AUGAAUACUUCUGUGAGCUUGAGAAAUCCAAUGUUUCUUUUGGGAGAACCAACCGAAACAAUCAGCGGCAAUAAAUUACCAACUAACAAACAAGUACUACAAUUGUUAUUUUAUCAAAAAAGAGAAGCAAAAAAAAUACUUACAGCAAGUUAUCAAUUUGUUAUUGGAGAAGUUACCAAAUUCUGGUUUAGAGCUGGAAUUAAAAUACAAAUUGUUCCAAGAUGUAAACUUACAAAAAAUCCAAAUCCAACAGUAGAACGCGAGUUUUCUGAGUUUCUUGAAACAUUAUUUGACAUCGCACACGGAAACGUUCAAGAUAUAGCUGAUAGUGAAGCGUUAAAGUUUUUAUUUGACCAAAUAACAGAUAGAAAAUAUCAUUUACGCGUGUGCAAAGAAAUUGGUAACACUCGUCAGUUAUUAGAAAAACAGAUAUUCGAGCAAGAUCAUACCAAUACGACUCAAACGUCAGAUGAAAAUAUAUCCGGAAAUGAUAAUAAUGUUAAUUUGAUAACCGAUGAUGAAUAUCGUUCAAAUUCAGAUGUGGCUUUACCAUCAAGCUCUAAAAGUACUAGUGAGCCGCCUUUGAGUGGUGAGCAAGCUUUAAGUGGUGAGACAACUACAACUACUUCGCACCAAAGCACGCUGUCAAUGUUUGAAGUUUAA